CCAGACUUCAACGUUGCAUACACCACCACCACCACCCUUACAUCAGGCCUCCUCACGAUGCUGCUUUAUCAUCUCCAUCUGCGAUGAAAUGCUAUGGGGCUGCAGCUUACCAUCGUCUGUUGCUACACUGGCGCUAUCUGAUCGACGAGGAUGCUGGCUAGGUACCUUGGUCGCCAUGACGUUGCACCUUGCUUAGUCCACGAUACCACUGCCAGAGUCGCAAAGAUGCCUUUGGAUAAGCCAUCACCACGACUAGAUCUAGUGAACGCCUUUUGUAAUCCAAAACUUGCUAUGAGGUAACCCUGGACGGUUGACUUUUAUGCUCUCUGCUGUCUUGUCUGUGCAUGCUCUGUUGUUCCACCCCGAAUCAAUCUCACCUCUCUCCAAGCAAUUGGUAGACAUAACAUAUCAUUCUGCCAGUACCAGUUCCUGCCAUAGGGUGACACGAAAAUGCCUUCGGCCAUCUCAGACUCGUCCACACUGGGUGCCCAGACCGGCAUAACGAAGUUCACAAACUGUCUUCUUGUCAGAGACAAUCAGCUUGUCACUGAAGACCUAUGGAUAAGCACGAUCACAGGAAAGAUCUUGAAGAGCCAAGAAGUCUUCUACGGAAACCAAGCUGCACCGGAUCGUAUCAUCGACCUCGGAGGACGUAUCAUUGCCCCGGGCUUCAUCGACGCACAGCUGAAUGGCGCCUUUGGCUUCGAUUUCUCGCAAGAGCCGGAGAGCUCGACGGCCUAUAUCAAGGGCCUUCGAAGUCUGAACAGGAAUCUGAUAAAGACUGGCGUCACAUCAUAUACUCCGACCGUCACGAGUCAGAAGGCUGAGCUGUAUAAGGAGGUAGUCCCACAUCUGGGGCCUUCUGGCGAAUUGAGAGAUCCUACUGAAGGCGCAGAAUCCCUUGGUGCCCAUCUCGAAGGGCCAUUCUUAAACCCCACGAAGAACGGCAUCCACAGCGUCUCCGUGCUCCGCGACGCCCCUACCGGCUUCGCAGACCUAGAAGCCUGCUAUGGUGCCACGAACCUCCUCCCUCACAAGUCACCAAUCAAAUACAUCACCAUGGCUCCCGAACUGCCCGGCGCCAUGUCCAACAUCGCCGAACUCAAAGCCCGUGGAAUCAGCGUGUCCAUCGGCCACUCCGAAGCAACAUACGAAGAAGCCUGCGCGGCCGUGUCUGCCGGCGCCACGAUGAUAACCCAUCUCUUCAACGCCAUGCGCCCGCUGCACCACCGCAACCCAGGCAUCUUCGGCCUGCUCGGAACAGAGUCUCCAAGUCUGCGCAAGCCAUUCUUCGGCGUCAUCGCUGACGGCAUCCACCUCCACUCCACGUCCGUGAAGAUUGCAUGGAACGCCCAUCCAGACGGCAUGAUCCUCGUCACGGACGCGAUGAGUCUCGUCGGUCUGCCGGACGGCACUUACGACUGGACGAAUGGCUCGCGGAUCGUGAAGCGGGGCGCGUUACUGACGCUCGAGGAGAAUGAGGAUAAGAUUGCUGGCAGUAGCAUCACGCUCGUGGGCUGCGUCAACAACUUCCUGAACUGGACUGGUGCUUCCAUUCCCGACGCUAUCAAAGCUGUCACGUCAACACCGGCAAGAAUGCUUGGUCUCGAAGGCAAGAAAGGGUCUCUGGAGCCGGGUGCUGAUGCAGAUCUGGUGGUCUUGACAGAAGACGUGAGUGCCGAAGGAUUGCGCGAUCUUCGCGUCGAGCAAGUAUGGAAGUUUGGAAAUAAAGUUCACGAGUAA